AUGCUGACGAUUCAGCUCCUGUUAAGUCGGCCAGCCCAGUACCAGCUUAAACUUCCAGCAGCAGACUUUGACAGUCAGCCACAUCAGCUCAGCACUACAAACCCAGCUCCUGCCUUCCCAGCUCAGCUCCUGCUGCAACAGCAUUACAGAUCAGCUCCUUCUCAGCACAUAUCAGCUCAGCAAGUACCAGCAGCAACACAGGAAUACUGCAUAAGCAGCAUAGCACACAAUCUCCCACACCACUGCUCCAUUAUCAGCAGCAGAAAAGUUAAAGAGAACAGCAGAAAUAAGACCAUUCUGUUUUUGUUGCAUCUGCAGGUUUGGAUCCUCACCUGA